AACUGUGUUUAAUUAUUUUUGCCAGUUAAAUUUCUGUAUAUGUUUUCCUUCCCUUUUCCUCAGUGUGUUAGUCUGGUCUGAUCAGCCAGUAUUUAGGUCCCCUUUGUUUGUUGUGUAGGAGGUCAGUUUGUUUGUUUGAGCAGUUAGUUUGAGGUUUUGUUAUGUUUAACCCUGAUUUUUUUGUCAUGAGUUUAGCUUCUUUAUUGGACCUCUUUUAAGGGCACUGUAACAGUUAUUUGAAUUUUGUUAGUUUGGGGAAAUAAAACCCAUGUUCUUUGAAAAUUAUUACUGUGUCCUCAUGCCUGACUGGCUUGGUCCCUCACACAUGGUGUCAGGAGUGGGAUUUGCCAGUUGAGGACACAGUUUUUUUUGUUUUUGGCAGUUUUCUUAAGCCCAGUUUUUGUUUUUUUUUUGCUUUUUUUGACUCUCCAUGUUUUUUUCUUUUUGACCAUGCACCGUGGAGCCAGGAAAAACGAACCAGAGACCCAACUAACAGAGGAACCAUGUGCUGGAGAAGAGGAAAUGGAGGCUGGAGCUUCGGCAAUGGCAGCAGACACUGGGGGUGAAGAUGAUAAAGAACCAACACUGAGAGACCUGACUGGGAUUUUGCAGGCGUUCAUGGGCCAGCAGGAGGCAUGGGAGGUAAAAUUAAACCAAGAAUGUGAGAUACAGGAACAGUGGUUUAAAGCCUUAAAACAUUAGUUUCAGCUACUACAAAUGGAAGUGCAGGCCUGCACAUCUCCACUCCCUGAACCCUCUUCAACUAAUCCAGAAACAUGGGAGGAUGACUAUGAAGUUGUUCAGCGGGCCCAGGUUAUAUCUGCACCAGUCAAUAUAUCUUCAGGUCAGUCGCAAUUUUCUCUUGAGCCAAAGUUGCAGAAAUUGAGUGGAGUGAAGAUGAUAUUGAACAUUUCCUUGUGACAUUUGAAAGAAUUGCAGCUGACUGUAGAUGGCCAAAAGCAGACUGGGUUUUUCAGCUUAUUCCUCUCCUUACGGGUAAGGCAAGAAGUGCCUAUGUUCAUAUGGAUGUUGAUGAGACACUAAAUUGUGAUAAUGUGAAAACAGCAAUUUUGAAGAAGUAUGACAUUAAUCCAGAGACCUAUAGACAAAGGUUUCGUUCCCUGUAUGUUUAUCCUGAUGAGAACCCCAAAGAGCUGUAUGUGAGGCUAAAUGAGUUGUUUGGGAAAUGGAUUCUACCCAGAGGUAAAACAGUGGAAGAAGUUGGUGAAAUAUUAAUCCUGGAACAGUAUUUAAGAAUGUUGUCCCCUGAGCUCCAGGUGUGGAUAAAAGAGCAUGAUCUGAAAUCAGCUGCAGAAGCCUCCACCUUUGCUGAUGUGUUUGUGGCUGCUCGAAGGAAGGGCCAGACAUGGAGUAACACUUCCUUUAAAGACAAGGACACCUGCAGGCCAGCUCCAUCUCGGCAUCAACAGAGUUCAGCAACAGGUGUGAGUAAAAUACCUGCCAGAAAUGAACUGCCUGCAAAUAUUCAUAAUAAAUUUAAUAAAAUAAUUCCAGUUUGUUACCUUUGUGGGCUGGAAGGGCACAUCAAACCUAUGUGUCCACAAAACCCUUUAAAACUAACCCAGAUGUGCUUUGUGCCAUGCCAAGACUUGGAUGUAAAACAAGAAAAGGGAUUUCCAAUGAGAAUGACCACAGUAAAAAUCAAUGGGAGAAGACAUAAAGCCUUGAUAGAUACUGGCAGUACUCAGACCUUGGUUCACAGACUACUUGUACCAAGUACCAUGUGUACUUAUGAGACCAUCCCAAUCUGUUGUGUGCAUGGUGAUGAGAAGCCUUACCCUACAGCUGACAUAUUUAUUGAAGUACAAGGACAACCGUAUUUAUUGAAUGUAAGUGUGGCUAAUAACCUGCCAUUCCCAGUAGUUUUGGGUGAAGACCUGCCAGUGCUCUAUGAUUUGUUAAAACCAGCAAAAGACUGUAAUGUGACUAUUACGAGGACCAAAGCUAAAGAAGUGAAUGAGCAUCUUCCAACUUUGAGUACCUUACCUUUCUUUGAUGCUGACUUAGAAACUAAACCCAGGAGAUCUAAGAAAUCAAGAAGUCAAAGAAAGCAAGAGAAGUUUAGAGGUACUGUUGUAAAUUUGCCAGAUGAGGCUACCCCUGAUGAACCAUUGGGAUUUCAAAUGCCAAUAAACAUAAUUCAAGUGCAACAAAAGGACCCAGCGCUGUCAGCCUUUUUUUUUUUUUUGAGAGCUAAGCAGAAGGAUUCAGAGGGUGAGCUUGGCAACAACAAAGAGGGGUAUUUUUUACAGAACGGCAUACUUUACCAUCGGUGUGCUCAGGCCAAGCGGCUAGUGGUCCCUCAAGAGGCCCGAGAUGUUGUACUUAAUCUGAGCCACUCCAUUCCCUGGGCUGGCCACCUAGGGAAACACAAGACCACUAGUCGUAUUAAGCGUUACUUCCACUGGCCUGGCCUACGUUCAGAUGUUGCAAAAUUCUGCAAGAGCUGCCCCCAGUGUCAGAAGACAUCAAUUAAAAGCCCCUCCAGAGUUCCACUUCAGCCUAUGCCUGUUAUAGGCACACCAUUUGAACGUCUCGGAAAGGACAUUGUUGGACCCCUAGAAAAAAGCCACACAGGGUAUCGGUAUAUGUUGGUAGUCACAGAUUAUGCAACCAAAUACCCUGAAGUUUUUCCAUUGAAAACAAUAAAGGCAAAAGCUGUAGCCUUCUCUUUAAUACAGUUAUUUUCAAGAGUGGGGUUUCCUCGUGAAAUUCUCACAGAUCAAGGAACUAAUUUUAUGUCUGUUUUAUUGAAACAGGUAUAUAAACUGUUGGGGAUUAGAAGUGUGAGGACCACCCCAUACCAUCCCCAAACAGAUGGGUUAACAGAGCGGUUUAACCAGACCCUGAAACAAAUGCUUCGUAAGUUUGUGGAUGAAACAGGCUCUGACUGGGAUCAGUGGUUGCCCUACCUCCUGUUUGCUUAUAGGGAAGUUCCCCAGGCCUCCACUGGGUUCUCACCUUUUGAACUCCUAUAUGGUUAUGAGGUCAGGGGCCCUCUUACCCUGUUAAAGGAGAUGUGGGAAGGGACCCAAGAAGGAGAGAAUCCAGUUAAUGUCAUUUCUUAUGUCCUACAGAUGAGGGAGAAACUGAAAAAAAUGAGUGCAUUAGCUCAAACACAUAUGGCAGUUGUACAACUGUCCCAAAAAGCUUGGUAUGAUCGUUCAGCAAGGGAAAGACGUUUUGAACCAGGUCAAAAGGUGCUGGUAAUGUUGCCUACAAAUGAUGGUAAGCUUCUGGCAAAGUGGCAGGGUCCCUUUGAAGUGCAGAAGAAGUUAGGUCCAACAACCUACCAGGUUGCCACCCCGGGACACCAACGAUCUACCAAAGUGCUGCAUGUAAAUCUGCUUAAAGAGUGGGUCCCAUGAUCUGGGAAAGAAGCAGAUGUCUUGUUCAUCCGGCGUGUGGAAGAGGAUGAAGAAACUGAUGAAUACUUGCCAUCACAGUCUGCUUCCAACGUGGAUCUGAGCCACCUCACUGACGACCAAUGCCAUGUGGUAAAAACUCUCAUAACUUCAGAUGUAUUCCAAGAAUUUCCGGGUCGCACAAAUUUGGUGGAACAUAACAUUGUCUUAAAAGAGAAGGCGCCAGUCAGACGCAUGAGUUACAGUGUUCCUGAACGUCUUCAGGGAGCACUGAAGAAAGAAGUGGACCUCAUGCUGUCCUUGGGAAUUAUUUGGCCCUCAAAACGUGAGUGGUGCAAUCCAGUUGUUCUCUUUCCCAAGAAAGAUGGAACCAUAAGGUUUUGUAUUGAUUUCAGGUAUCUGAACUCUGUUUCAAAAUUUGAUUCAUACCCUACACCACGAAUGGAUGAACUGAUAGAGCGUCUGGGGAAAGCUAAAUAUUUAUCCACCAUUGACCUCUCUAAGGGUUAUUGGCAGGUUGUUCUUGGUGAAGGCUCACAGGAGUUAACAGUUUUCCGCACAUCCUGGGGGCUGUUUGAGUUCACUGUCCUGCCAUUUGGUCUACAUGGAGCCCCUGCCACUUUUCAAAGACUGAUGGACCAGGUACUGUGUGGUCUUGCUGAUUAUGCCAGUGCAUAUCUUGAUGACAUUGUAAUUUACAGUGGAACCUGGGAAGAACACCUGAAACAUCUAAGGAUGGUUUUGGACCGACUGAAGACGGCAGGUCUUACAAUCAACCCAGCAAAGUGUUCCCUGGCCAAGACUGAGACACAGUAUCUUGGUUUCACAGUUGGAGGUGGUGUUAUAAAGCCACAAGUUGAUAAAGUUAGAGCUAUUGCAUCUGCUCUGCUUCCACAGACUAAAAAGCAGCUGAGAUCCUUCCUUGGGUUGGCCAGCUUCUACAAUCGCUUUAUUGCAAACUUUUCAGCUAGAGCAGCUGCCUUGACGGAUUUGACAGGUUUGCGGUGCCCAAACCAGGUUCAGUGGAGUCAAGAAGCAGUUGCAGCUUUUCGAGACAUCCAGCAAUCUCUGAGUAAGAAUCCAGUUCUCCAUAGCCCAGAUUUUGGAAAGGAUUUUGUAUUGCCAACAGAUGCUUCUGAAAGGGGUGUUGGAGCAGUACUUCUACAGGGCUCACUAGAGGACCAGCAUCCCAUAGCCUACAUCAGUCGCAAGCUACUACCCCGAGAAGAGCGCUAUGCCACAGUGGAGAAGGAAGCUUUGGCUAUCAAAUGGGCACUCGAUUCCUUCAAAUACUACCUUCUUGGGAGAGAGUUUAUCUUGCAGACUGACCACAAGGCACUUCAACGGCUGAGCUGCAUGAAAGACACUAAUGGAAGAAUCACGCGGUAGUACCUGGCUAUGCAACCUUAUCGGUUUAAGGUCCAGCACAUCCCUGGGAAAGAGAAUGUGACAGCUGACUUUCUCUCUCGCUGUCCUAGUGGCAGUUUCAAAGAGGGUGUGUGUGUGAUGGCCACACCUGCAGCCACACAGUCGGUAACCCCCCACACAAACACUUUUUCAUUUUGAGUUUUCACAUACACAUUCACUGCAGCAAAAAUACAUGGGUUUCUGUUUAUAUUUUCAUUUGACAAUAUUGAAAUACAUUAGUUCUAAUUGUAGCGUGCACAUUUGGUUAACUUUUGUAUAUUUAAUUUUGUCAAAUAUUUAACAUUUUCUGUGUUUUCUUUACUGGUGCUGUGGGGGAGUACCUUGAACAGAAGCAAUGGACUCUGGCUGGCACACUCAAAUUCCAGAUUGAUUGAUUGGGUGAUACCAUCUGGAGUUCCACCAUGGGGGAAGACCAUGGAGUCUUUAUUCUAAUUUUUGCAUAAGUUCUCUUUGUUUUUGUGAUUUGCUUAUUUUGUUUAGUUAUUAGUCAUUCAAGUACAUUUUUAAGCUAACUGUGUUUAGUUAUUUUUGCCAGUUUAAUUUCUGUAUAUGUUUUCCUUCCCUUUUCCUCAGUGUGUUAGUUUGGUCUGAUCAGCCAGUAUUUAGGUCCCAUUUGUUUGUUGUGUAGGAGGUCAGUUUGUUUGUUUGAGCAGUUAGUUUGAGGUUUUGUUAUGUUUAACCCUGAUUUUUUUUGUCUUGAGUUUAGCUUCUUUAUUGGACCUCUUUUAAGGGCACUGUAACAGUUAUUUGAAUUUUGUUUGGGGAAAUAAAACCCAUGUUCUUUGAAAA